GCCCCGCACGGGACCCCGCCCCGAGACCGCGGCCGCGCCCCCCGAGACCCCGGCCGGCGGAGCGAUGGCUGGCUGCGAGGAGCUGAGCGUGCGCGGCUUCGAGGAGUUCAGCCGGGCAGUGGAGCGGCACCGCGACAAGACCAUCUUCGCCUACUUCACCGGCUCCAAGGACGCGGGCGGGCAGAGCUGGUGCCCCGACUGCGUGCAGGCUGAACCGGUCGUUCGAGAGGGGCUGAAGCACAUGAGUGAGGGCUGUGUGUUCAUCUACUGCCAGGUGGGAGAGAAACCCUAUUGGAAAGAUCCAAAUAAUGACUUCAGAAAAAAUCUGAAAGUGACGGCAGUGCCUACACUACUUAAAUACGGAACACCCCAAAAACUGGUGGAAUCUGAGUGUCUUCAGGCCAACCUCGUGGAGAUGUUGUUCUCCGAAGAUUAAGAUUUGAUGAUGGCAACUGUGUCUUGAUGUCCUGAUUUGCUCUAGUACGAAGGCAACUGCAUACCUGCUUUGAAUUCAUGUUAGCAAUAAAGAAAUGAUGAUGUGAAACAAA